AUGGCCGCCCCGCUAUUCUUGUUCGUAUCUAAUGCCCUGGACAGGAACCGCUCCCUUUCCAUAAGAUCAAAGGGCCACCAUGGCAGCGACAAGUCAUCCGGCAAGCACCGCUUCACCAUGGCUAGUCUUCGUGGUAUCCAGCAGCCCGAGCUCUCCAAGAAGCUCUACCGCUUGAUCAAGACCGAGAACCACGCCAUUGGCGCAUACGAGGCCGCAGCCAAGGAGCAGUCCAACAUCGCCUCUCAACUCAGCGACUGGGGUGAGGAGACUGGCGACGACGCCAUCUCCGAAAUCUCGGACAAGCUUGGUGUCUUGCUGGCCGAGAUUGCUGAGCAAGAGGAUGUCCUCGCACAAGGUCUCGAAGACAGCAGAAGUGUCCUCAAGCAGAUUCGCAACACCGAGUCUUCCGUUCAGCCCUCGCGCGACCACAAGGCUAAGAUUUCCGACGAGAUUCAGAAGCUGAAGUACAAGGAGCCCAGCUCCACCAAGAUUGUCACCCUCGAGCAGGAGCUUGUCCGCGCAGAGGCUCAGUCUCUCGUCGCCGAGGCUCAGCUUACCAACAUCACCCGCCAGAAGUUCAAGGAGGCUUACGACAUUCACACUGCUGCCAUCAUUGAGCGCGCCGAGAAGCAGAUUCUCCUGGCCAAGAACGCAAGAAAGUUGCUCAACCUCGUUGACGACACUCCUAUUGUUCCCGGAGAUGCCCACCCCGCUUUCACUCACGCUGAGCACGCAAGAGAGGUCUUGAACGUUGCCGAGGACGAACUCAGAAACUGGACUCCUGAUGUCGAGCCCAUCAACUCCAAUGCUGGUGGCCUUGGUGUCGGCGCCAUGCCCGCUGCCCCUAUGCAAGGUCACGCUAGCGACGUUUCCAGCUCUAUCGACGCAGGAUCGCACAUUGCACACUCUGAACAGUACACCCAGCAGGCCGAGUACCCCACCCAGCACUCUGAGUACACUCAACCCACCGAGCAAUACACCACCUCGGCCGAGCCUUCUGUAACUGCUCACGAGCCAGUUGCAUACGAGACUCACGCCGAAACUCAGCCUCAUACCACUGCUGCCGAGACAUCGUCCGUCACCGGCGACAACGACUCUGAGCACGCUCGCAAUGUAGCUGCUCGUGUCCUCGGCUAG